UCAGUUUCUUCUGUGCCAUUUCAUCUAAGCUUAUAUUAGCACUGUAUAGUCUUAUAGGAGACGAAAUAAGUAGACUGGAGAUCAAAGGUGCCCUACAACACAGCUUCAUAAUCGAGUGAUACUAAGACAUGGCUUCCAAUUCGGGAGAUCCGCCCAAAGACGGCUCAAUAGGGGAAAAGACUGAGAAGAUCCGGCCUCGAAAAGGGUCAGGCUAUUCAGACGCAUCUCCAUCCGAACUCGAACAUCGGGAAACUAAAGACAAUAUACUAGAUGAAGGGGAGAGACGACGUCUAGAAGCCACGGCUAGACUAGAGAAUCCUCUUGCUGGCCUCUCUCCAACACAGCUAGCCCAGCGAGGUGAAGAGUUCUGUACGAAGCACGGCCUCACUGAUGCAGACGAUGUUCGUGCUUUCCGGCUCGGUGCUAUGAUCGCCGGCAACCUGAACAAGUACGACACCGUCGACGAGCUUACCGAUCGUGAAAGAGAGGUGCUCGACAGGGAGAUUACACACAAAUGGUCAAACCCCACAAUGCUCUAUGCCGUCAUCGUCAUCUGCUCGCUCUGUGCCGCCGUUCAAGGUAUGGAUGAGACUGUAGUCAAUGGUGCACAGUCCUUCUAUAAGACGGAAUUUGGGAUAGGAGACCCCAACUCUCAGAGAGAUUCGUGGCUGCUGGGCUUCGUCAACGCCGCACCAUACAUAUGCUGCGCCCUCGUCGGUUGCUGGCUCACGGAGCCAAUGAAUAAGGCUUUUGGACGCCGUGGCACUGUCUUCAUUUCUUGUGCCGUAUCAGCUUUAGCUUGUUUCUGGCAAGCCUUUACAAACACUUGGUGGCACAUGUUCAUCGCCCGUUUCGCUCUCGGGUUCGGUAUUGGCCCAAAGUCGGCUACGACUCCCAUCUUCGCUGCAGAGUGUUCUCCGCCGAAGCUUCGUGGUGCGUUGGUUAUGCAGUGGCAGAUGUGGACUGCUUUCGGUAUCAUGCUGGGAUACGUAAUGGAUUUGGCAUUCUUUGAUGUUCCGGAUCUAUCUGGAAUUAUAGGUCUAAAAUGGCGCCUUAUGAUGGGAUCUGCCCUGAUACCUGCUGUUAUCGUCUGUGCCAUCGUAUACUUUACCCCUGAGUCACCUCGGUGGUACCUUACCAAGAAUCGACAUGUCGAUGCUUAUAAGUCUAUCUGCCAGCUACGCUACGAAAAGGUCCAGGCCGCGCGCGACCUUUUCUAUAUGGACACUCUCCUUCAGAUCGAAAAAGAGACUAUGCACAUAGGCCAGAGCAAAAUCAAGGAAAUCCUUACCAUCCGCCGAAACCGAAAUGCCAUGAUAGCAUCGGAGAUUGUAAUGUUUAUGCAACAGUUCUGUGGUGUCAAUGCCAUUGCAUACUAUUCGACGGAAAUUUUCAUCGACAGUGGCUUCUCGGUUCAGUCUGCUCUCGUGGCUUCGCUUGGCUUUGGCAUCGUCAACUUCUUGUUCGCCCUUCCUGCGUUUUACACCAUCGAUACAUUUGGCCGGCGCAAUCUACUCCUCACUACGUUCCCCCUGAUGUCCCUCUUCCUGUUUUUCACGGGCUUUAGCUUUUGGAUCCCAGAGAGCAGUACUGCGCACAUUGGCUGUAUUGCGUUAGGUAUAUACCUAUUCGGCGUGGUUUACUCUCCAGGUGAAGGGCCCGUCCCAUUCACAUACAGUGCAGAAGCGUACCCGUUAUACAUCCGUCCAAUUGGAAUGUCGCUUGCAACGGCGACGACGUGGCUCUUCAACUCGGUGAUCUCUCUCACAUGGCCGGCGUUGACUCAAGCCUGGACUCCUCAAGGUGCAUUUUCAUGGUAUGCAUCGUGGAACAUUGUUGGCUUCUUCCUCGUGCUCUUCUUCCUCCCCGAGACUAAAGAGAAGACGCUCGAGGAGCUUGACGCCGUCUUCAACGUUCCGCUCCGUAGCCUCGUGCGUUACGGUGCAGAUCAGUUCUUGUACUUCUGGGGCCACUAUAUCUUCCGCCGCAACAUUGCGCCACCUAAGGUCCCAUCCGCGACCCAGACGAUCGAGUACACGAGACAACAAUUCUCCGAGGAGAAGACACACGAUGCAACUGCUCGCGUCUAAACGGCUUGUAUUUCGGCCUCAAGGGUUUAUUAUCCAUUCUUAUUUGCUUUACAAAGAGUACGAUGCUAUGUCACCUUUCUAGCAAGUUGACUAGCAAUGGACGCAAUUUAGGGGCGACGAAAACUACUUAGGUAACGAUUACUUUUCGCGGGAAUGUCUCUCAUUAACAACUUUUGGAUACCCAUUUUGAGAACUACACAUUGAAUUAAAUAAGUAAAUAUGUCGGCAGCGAUGAACGACUUAGGCAUAUAAGGCUAUUACUUUACUACAACUAAGUUUGGUCAUAAAAAAGUAAUGAAACUAGCUGAGUGAAUUGCGUGUUCGGUAGAGCAGCUUAGCAGUCAACUCGUAUCCUAAGAAAGUAAUAAUCAGAGAUCACCUUUCAUCCUCGAGCUCCUUUCCUUUUAAUAAAUAUGGACUUAGUUAAGAUCACACCCUUAUGGAUAGCGAAAA